UCUACGACCUGCUGGUGUCUCCAGACUGCCUGCCGGAUUUGCUCCAAGGAAGUCUAAAGAACAAAGGUCGGAAUGAAGCCUUCCUCCUCUUGUCCUUCAGGCUCCAAAAUAAGGCCCCCACCUCGCUGUUUAGUGUGAUCAACCCCAAAGAGAACAGCAAGUACCUGGAGCUCAGCGUGCAGGCCAAACUCAGCAAAGUGACUCUUCGGUACCAGAAGGUUGACGGCAGGUUUGGGACCACCAGUUUCAAUCACGCGGCUCUGGCAGAYGGACGCGAGCAUCACGUCAUGCUGCACGCCAGCGGCCUCCAGCGCGGCCCCCCUCGCCUCAACAUCUACGUGGACUGUAGGCUGGCUCACACUCUGAAUGAUCUGCCGGCCGCGUUCGGGUCCCUCCCGCCUGGCCCCAACAAGGUGGCCCUCAGGACCCUGCAGUCGAGCAGACAGGAUGAACUGACUGACUUGAAGCUGGUCAUUGAGGACACCAUCGACAACGUGGCAACUCUGCAGGACUGCAGCGUGCAGCCAGAUGAUUCCCUGCACCUGCUGGAUAUUCAGGGGGGCAGGGUGGUGCAGGAUCAGACGAGCAUGCAGGAGCUGAAGAACAUGAUGGCUGAGAUGAAGGAGCUGCUCAACCAGCAGAUUAAAGAAACAAAUUUCCUGAGGAAUACCAUUGCAGAGUGCCUGGCCUGUGAUUCACCCACAGACCCUGGAGGCAGACCCACCAACCCACGUCCAGCUCCAAGUGCUGAUCAGGUGGACUAUAAGCCUGAACAUCUGACUCUGUGCCCAGCAGGGACCUGCUUCAGACAGAACAUGUGCAUCCGUUCAGAGUCGGGGGGUUUCACCUGCGCCCCCUGUCCCGAUGGGUACACAGGAGAUGGGGUUCACUGUGAUGACGUGGACGAGUGCAAAUUUAACCCCUGCUAUCCUGGAGUGCGGUGUGUGAACACUGUUCCUGGUUUUCGCUGUGAGAAAUGCCCCCGGGGAUUCACAGGACCAGAGUUAACUGGUGUUGGAGUGUCUUAUGCUAAAUCAAACAAACAGACGUGUGAAGAUCUGGACGAGUGUGUGGGCCCGCCUGAGAAUGGAGGCUGCACGGCCAACUCUCUCUGCUACAACACUGUGGGUUCUUUCCACUGUGGAGAGUGUAAGGCUGGCUUCACAGGCGACCAGGUACGAGGCUGCCACGGCACCAGGCUCUGCCCCAACGGACAGCCCAACCCGUGUGAUGUCAACGGUGUGUGCGUGGUGGAACGGGACGGCAGCCUUAGCUGUGCGUGUGGUGUUGGUUGGGCUGGGGAUGGUUACGUCUGUGGGAAGGACACAGAUAUUGAUGCGUAUCCUGACGUUAACCUCUUGUGCACGGACAACAAAUGUAAUAAGGACAACUGUGUGUUGGUGCCAAACUCUGGCCAAGAGGACGCAGACAGAGACGGGAUGGGUGACAUCUGUGACAGCGACGCAGACAAUGACAGCAUAGCCAACGAAGACGAUAACUGUUGGCUGGUCCCGAACGUCGACCAGAAGAACAGCGACAAGGAUCUGUACGGCGACGCCUGUGACAACUGCAGGACUGUUGAAAACCCUUCCCAGAGGGACACGGACCAAGAUGGUCUGGGAGAUGAAUGUGAUGAUGACAUAGAUGGAGAUGGGCUGAAAAAUAUCCUCGACAACUGCCAGCUAGUUCCCAACCUGGAUCAGAGAGACAGAGAUAAUGAUGGUGUCGGGGACGCCUGUGACAGCUGUCCGGAUUUGGCCAACCCCAACCAGUCUGACUCAGAUAACGACCUCGUAGGAGAUAGCUGUGAUGACAACAUAGACAGUGACGGUGACGGCCACCAAAACACAAAGGACAACUGUCCCACUGUCAUCAACUCCUCUCAGCUGGACACUGACAAGGAUGGAAUGGGAGAUGACUGUGACGACGAUGAUGAUAACGACGGCAUACCAGACGACAGUGACAACUGUAGACUGGUCGCCAACCCAGACCAAACGGACUCGGACAUGAACGGAGUUGGAGAUGCGUGCGAAGGGGACUUUGACAAGGACAACGUGAUUGAUAGGAUCGACCACUGCCCGGAGAACGCUGAGGUCACACUGACUGACUUCAGAGCCUAUCAGACCGUGGUCCUGGACCCGGAGGGAGACUCACAGAUAGACCCCAACUGGGUGGUACUCAACCAGGGGAUGGAGAUAGUUCAGACCAUGAACUCUGAUCCUGGCCUCGCUGUAGGCUAUAAAGCAUUCAGUGGGGUUGACUUCGAAGGGACGUUCCACGUGAACACGGUGACAGACGACGAUUACACUGGCUUCAUUUUCGGCUACCAGGACUCGUCCUCCUUCUACGUGGUGAUGUGGAAACAGACGGAACAAACCUACUGGCAGGCUGCGCCCUUCAGAGCUGUUGCAGAGCCAGGAAUACAACUCAAGAUGGUGAAGUCAAAGACAGGUCCUGGUGAGUACAUGAGGAACUCCCUCUGGCACACAGGAAACACCACCGACCAGGUGCAGCUCUUGUGGAAAGACCCCCGAAACGUUGGCUGGAAAGACAAGGUGUCCUACCGCUGGUUCCUCCAGCACAGACCUCAGGUUGGAUACAUCAGGGCUCGCUUUUACGAGGGUUCAAAGCUGGUGGCGGACACAGGGGUGAUAAUCGACACCAGCAUGAGAGGCGGGCGGCUGGGCGUGUUCUGCUUCUCUCAGGAAAACAUCAUCUGGUCCAACCUGAAGUACCGCUGCAACGACACCAUUCCCGCUGACUACGAGGAUCUGCAGAGUACGGAGUGAGGUGGGGGCAUCGUUGGGACAAAAAGGUCAAAGAGCCGAAGAAAAACAAAUGAAUGUGAGAAGAACGAUGGAGGAUUUAGUGCUGGGAUUUUAACUGAAUGAAUCUUUAGGCAUUAGUUACACUUACGUUGUGUAAAUGAAUUGUUUAUCUAUGCAAUGUAUCACUUUAAAUUACACCCACACUUUACAGUUAGCCUCAAAGCUCAAUUUGUAACAAUACUCAAAUUAUAAACUCAAACAUACAAAUGCUAUACUGGACACACGRUUCAGUUUGGAAAGGUUUACUACAGUAGUUUUUCAGAUUAUUUAGUUCUGAAAUGCUGGUACGCACUCAAUGUAAAUACUCUGUUGAAUUCACUAAAAAUCAGGUGGAGGCUUGAGUCAUGUGACUGAGCUCCAUUAGGCUGAAUGCAGUCUGUAAGUGAAUAAAUAUUAAAUAUGUGAAAUAUUGUUUUAAAACUUAUUUCAAACUAGAUUGUUUCAGAACCUUAUCUGCUUUUUUAACUCAACCUGAACACGAAUACGUUCAAAAGUAAGGGACUUCUCAAUCUCAACCAUCUUUUUCAUGGACAGACAGACAUGAYUGGCCUAUUUUGAAGUCACUUUGGCUGUUUCUGUAGCAGCUGUUCACAAAUUUUGCUCACAAAUUUAAAUUUAAGGACACAUUAACCAUCAACAUCAGCAAAAAAUUAUGCAACUUUUAUUUCAUAUCAAGUGUUUUUUAAACCCAUCUUUACGACUUUGAAAUAAGUACCUCAAAUGUUUCACACAAUUCAACCAUGUUCUUGUGUAUGAUCUGUAUAAAAUAAAAAUAAAGACUAAUAACUUA